AUGUCCGGCGCGUCCGGGCCUGGUACGCUGAUGCAGACGAUGUCGACGCCCACGCGCAUAGAGCUGCUCAGCGCGUACACUGGCGCGGCCAGCGCCACUGCAGCAGAGAGUGCCAGUGCAGCUGGGGCAGGGUCGCGCUGGCCAGGUCUCUUCUCGCGGCUCGGAACGGCCGCUGAGGCCGCUCCAGCAGCUGCAGCCGCGGGCGCGCCCAAGGCGAAGCGGAAGGUCCCGUGGGGCCUCGUCCUCCUCGGCACGUACUACCUGUACCAGUACUACCGUUACCGGCGCUCCCUCACGCUCCCCAGCACCUACAUCCUCGACGUGGACCUCGAGAGCAACGCCGUGACCGAGCAGCGCAAGCCGCCCAACCCCGUCAAGGCCUUCCUCGGCCUCCCCGAGCAGACCUACUCGCUUGUCGAUCUCGUCGAGGCCAUCGAGGCCGCGGGGGAGGACCCGCGCUGCGCGGCGCUCUCGGUGGUCACCGGCGCGUCCGCGGGCAACGCGCGCGCGUCGAUGGUCGAGGAGAUCCGCGACGCGGUGGGCAAGUUCCGCCGCCACGGCGAGCUGCGCGGGGCGCGCACCUUCGCGUACGCCGACUCGUUCGGCGAGGGCGGCUCGAACGGGACGCUCGGGUACUACCUCGCCAGCGCCUGCGAGCGCGUCUUCCUGCAGCCGCACGGCUCGGCGGGCGUCGCGGGGUUUGUUGCGCAACAGCCCUUCCUGCGGCCGCUGCUCGACAAGUGGGGCGUGCAGCCGCUGUUCUUCACGCGGCGGGAGUACAAGAACAUGGCGAACAUGUUCACGGAGCGCACGUUCACGAAGCCGCACAAGGAGGCGCUCGGGGCGGUGCUGGGGUCGACGUACGCGCACGUCGUGCAGGGCAUCGCGGCCUCGCGCGGGCUGAAGCCGCAGGCCGUGCUGCGCGCCGUGGACGCCGCGCCGCUGUCGGCGGACGACGCCGUGCGCCGCGGCCUCGUCGACGCGCAGGCGUACCGCGACCAGUACCGCGACUACAUUGGGGACGUCGUCGCGGUGAGCGCCGCGAUGAAGAAGGCCGUCGGCGCCGCGGGCGGGCCCGCGAAGCUCCUCGAGGCGCUGCCGCCCGAGCCAGCGGCGGCGCCGGCGCCGGCCAAGACGUGGUGGGACGCGCUGGCGAUCUGGCGGCCGGCGGAGCGGCCUGCGGCGGAGCCGGCGGCGGAGGACAAGGCGGAGAAGACGGACGUGAGGCCGACGCAGCCGGCGGACGCGGCGGCGCGGCACGGGCGCGUGCCGCGGGUGAGCAUGCACAAGUUUCUGCGGGUGCGUCAGCACGAGCGGGAGAAGGUGCGGCGGCAGCAGCAGAAGCGGUGGUGGCUGGACACGACGGACGAGCGGCUGCGCGAGCUGAUGGAGCAGCGCGUGAGGGUGGCGACGGAGGCGGGCGUGCCGAUGGGCACGCUGUCGCUGGCGCCGACGGUGGCGGUGGUGUGCGCGACGGGCAACAUCAUGGCCGGGCCGCCGCCGCCGAAGAACCCGCUCGGGGAGGAGAGUGCCGCGAUCUACUCCGGGGGCAUCUGCCGGCUCCUGCGGGACAUCCGCGAGGACCCCAACGUGCGCGUGGUGCUGCUGCGGGUGGACUCCCCGGGGGGGAGUGCGCUGGCGAGCGAGUCGAUCCACCGCGAGGUGGUCGCGCUGAAGGACGCCGGGAAGAAGAUCAUCGUGUCGAUGGGCAGCGUGGCGGCGUCGGGGGGGUACUACAUCGCGGCGCCUGCCGACACCAUCUUCGCGCUGCCGACGACGAUCACGGGGUCGAUCGGCGUCGUGUUCGGCAAGUUCAACGUCGACAAGUUCCUCCGCGACCAGGGCGUGCACGUCGAGACGCUCGGCGGGUUCGGCCGCAACGCCGCCGCCCUGAGCGCCGUCAGCGGCUUCACGCGCGCGCAGGUCGCGCAGGUCGAGAAGCAGCUCGACGAGACGUACGCGCGCUUCCUGCACGUCGUCGCGGACGGCCGCAAGAUGACCGAGCCGCGCGCCCGCCGCAUCGCCAAGGGCCGCAUCUGGUCGGGCGCGCAGGCGGAGAAGCUGGGGCUCGUCGACCGGCUCGGGGGCAUGACCGCGGCGCUGCUGGAGGCCAAGCGCGAGUGCGCGGCGCUCGCGGGGGUCGAUCCGGCGGUCGUGCAGAUCGUGGACUACCCGCGGAAGCCCCUGGGGUUCUUCGAGUCGGUGCUGUCGUUCAACGCGGACCCGCGGCCGGCGUACGAGGUGCUGGCUGAGGCGGCGGGGGCGCGCCUGGACGGCCUGUGCGCGACCGCGGGGGACGCGGUUGCGUGGGGGCGUGCCGCGGUGGAGCGGGGGGCGGGGAUGCCGGUGGGACGUGCGGUGGAGGGGGGGGUGUGGAUGGAGGGCGAGGGGGGCAAGGGCGGGAACGCGGUGGCGCCGGCGAUGGUGGCGCUGCUGCUGGGGACGGGCGGGGCGCGCGCGGGGGGCGUGGGGCUGUCGGAGGGGGACGCGCGGAUGUUGGCGCAGGUGGCGGGAGGGGGGCAGCUGCUGUACGCGUUCGACAACGCGGCGCUGCGGGGCGCGGGCUUGUGA